AUGUCAUCAAGUCUUGUUGGGAUAUUAGCUGCAAAGGUUUACAACAUCCACGAGGUUACUCCAGGACUCAUUGCCCUCGCUGCCAUUUCAGCCUGGAGAGUUUUACUUCCCCCUGAGGAUCGGCACCAGGAUGAAGACCGGUUCCACUUCUGGAGGAAGUGUCUUAUAAUGGCCAUUGGUGCAGAGAAAAAACACACAAAGGGCAGACCAAUGCCCUUCCACAAAACAAUGUCCCAAAUGAACAAAUGGUUAUUUGGGCAGGCUUCUGGACAAAGUGGGAACGAGAAGUUGGAACAGGUGCUGGUAUCGCAAGUGACGGACUUAGGGGCCGAGUCCAACCUCUCAUUGGAGCAUGAAUUCUUUGCUGAGUUUAAGGCAGCAGUGAUGAUGGAAGAAACAGAAUUAGAAACUGAGGCAGGUGGGACCCCAGACCAAUUGUCCAACAAUGCCAACUCCAACAACGCCAACUCCAAUGACACCAACUCCAAUGACAGCAACAGCCAUGGGACCCUAGCCACAGUGGUCACUGAGAAUGCAGCUACAUGCCCAGCAGUAGAACCACCCAUAGGUUCUACUGCAACCACUGCAGGCACAACCCCAGCCAUGCUUGCAGAAAGUGUACCAAGUGGCACUUUGCCACAUCAGGAAAUUGUCGUGGUCAACUUUGGACACUUCUGA